AUGGCGAAGCAGAGCUCCAUUUUCAAGUUCUUCACCAAGUCUCCGCCGCCUGUGUCCAAGCCGAAGCCGAGCCCCUCUCCGGCCGAGGCGGACCUGCCCUCCUCGGUGCACAGGUCCAACUCGUCUCCCAAGGAGGAAGCUAGGCAGACACAGCAACAGGAGUCAGCCAAAACCAGCAAGGUUAAACCGAAAAGUAACCCCAAGGCUGCGAGCAGCAAGGGCUUCAAGAAACUUUUUGGCGACAUUAAGGCCCAGACGACUGAAGACAGCAACUCCACAUGUUUUAGUGCUGGUGUCCUUGUCUGGGCAAAACUGGAAGGACAUCCCUGGUGGCCUUGCAUGGUUGUCCCCCAGCCUCUGACCGGUCAGCAGAUGAGGCGGAGUGGUCGGGAUCAACGCGUUCAUGUGCAUUUUUUUGAUGAACCUCCUACAAGAGGAUGGGUUAGCACCAAAUAUAUCAGAGAGUAUCAAGGCUCUGACAGUAGUGAUGUUAAACCUGGCGGGGUGUUCUUUAGUGGCAAACCUGUAAUUCGCCAUGCGAUGGAGCUUGCUGAUGGACUUAUUUUUGACAGUCCUGAAAAAAGGUUGAAAAUACCGCUUUGCAUGGAUCCAUCUGAUGAGGAAGAAGAAGCUGAUGAUGAAGAAAUGGAGCUUGACAAAUCGUCCGUGAUGGAUGAAGAAAUCAGUGAUGUAGAUGAAAAGAAAAAUGAGGAAGUGAAACCAUCUAAAGUAAGUCGACAAUGUGCCCGCGCUUCAAAGGAUAAGGCGAGCAAAGCCAAGCGGCGGCGCAUUGUAGUGGCCUCUGACAGCGACGAAUCGGAUGAGGAGUUCAAACCAGAGCAAGCUGCAUCGAGCAGUGAGGAUGAGGACGAAGAGGGGGCGGUGAACAGUGGCGAUGAGGCGAAAGCGAGCAGCCAAGAGUCAGAAGCUGAUAGCCCAGUCAAGCCCCUGAAGCGGAAACGUCCUGCAGCAAAGUCUGUGAACGCAAAAGCAAAGAAACCCGCUGUCCAGUCUGCUACACCUGUACGAGCUGCAGCAGCAGUCGCAGCCGACACAAAGUCCCGUUUGUUAGCUUUCUCUGCUCCUGACGACUUCGAGAGCCAGACAGAGGGAUCAGGGACCGCCGGAGGUGCAACGAUUUGGGAUCACGAGAAGCUGGAGUGGUUGCAGGAUGGCAAGAGGAAAGACAGAAAACGGCGCAGACAGACGGAUGACGACUACGAUCCCUCCACCUUGUACGUCCCUGAAGACUUUCUGAACAGAGUCACUCCUGGUAUGCGUCGGUGGUGGCAAAUGAAAUCUGAGAUGCUUGAUACUGUGAUUUUCUACAAGGUAGGAAAGUUUUAUGAGCUCUACCACAUGGAUGCUGUUGUUGGGGUUAAUGAGCUGGCCCUGACUUUUAUGAAGGGGACAUGGGCGCACUCGGGCUUCCCAGAGAUCGGCUUUGCACGUUUUUCAAACGUGCUGGUUAUGAAAGGCUACAAGGUGGCCCGCGUAGAGCAGACGGAGACCCCAGAGAUGAUGGAAGCUCGCUGCAAGACCAUGGCAAAACCCACAAAAUUUGACCGUGUGGUGAAAAGAGAAGUGUGCCGGAUUAUCACGCGUGGGACUCAAACCUACAGCGUGCUGGACGGAGCUCCUUCAGAGAGUCAAAGCAAAUUCCUCCUGAGUUUGAAAGAAAAGGCCGAAGAUGAAAGCUCUGGUCGAUACCGCACCUACGGCGUCUGCUUUGUGGACACUUCCGUGGGACGUUUCCACAUCGGUCAGUUCUCAGAUGAUCGUCACUGCUCGCGCCUGCGCACUCUGAUUUCACACUUUUCUCCUGCUGAGGUCCUUUUUGAAAAAGGUAACCCAUCUGUUGAAACGCGGAAAAUACUCAAGGCGUCUCUGUCCUCUGCUCUGCAGGAAGGACUUAAUGCAGGUACACAGUUCUGGGAUGCUCAGAAGACUCUUAAGAGCCUUUCAGAGGAGAACUAUUUUCAAGAGGUCUCUGGAGAGGAGCAGGGCGCUGGGAACAGUCUUCUCCCUGCUCUUCUGAAAAAGAUGGCCUCUGAGAGUGACUCGCUGUGCUUGACUCCUAAAGAAGGGUGUGAACUGGCGCUGUCGGCUUUCGGCGGAUGCAUAUUUUACCUGAAGAAAUGUCUCAUAGACAAAGAGUUGCUUUCUAUGGCCAAUUUUGAGGAAUAUGUCCCUGUUGAUGUUGAGAUGGAGAAAGCUGCCGGACCCACGAGUUUUUUUGCUCAGACUCGUCAGCGCAUGGUCCUGGAUGGAGUGACUCUGGCGAACUUGGAAAUCUUUCAGAAUGGCUCAGGAGGAACAGACGGGACUCUGCUGGAGCGUUUGGACACUUGCUCUACCCCGUUUGGCAAGAGGCUCCUGAAGCAGUGGCUCUGCGCUCCGCUGUGUAACCCCACAUCUAUCAAGGACAGACUGGACGCGGUGGAGGACCUAAUGGGAGCUCAGGCUCAAGCAACUGAAGUCUCGGACCUUCUGAAGAAGCUUCCAGACCUGGAGCGUCUACUGAGUAAAAUCCACAGCAUUGGGACUCCACUGAAGGGCCAGGACCACCCUGACAGCAGAGCAGUUCUCUACGAGGACGUCACUUACAGCAAACGCAAGAUAACAGACUUCCUGUCUGCGUUGGAAGGUUUCAAAACUAUGCAGGAGAUCAUUUCUGUCGUCGCUCCAGUUUCAGAGGAGUUUCGUUCCACGUUGCUCCUUCAGGUUGUCAGUCUGAAGACGGAAAAGAAUGGCCUCUUUCCUGAUCUCUCAGCAGAACUCAAGCGCUGGGAGACGGCUUUCGAUCACCAGAAAGCCCGCUCUACUGGUGUCAUAACCCCUAAAGCGGGGUUUGACCCCGAGUACGACCAGGCCCUCGCAGGAAUCAAGAGCUGUGAGCGAGAGCUGCAGGAUUACCUGGAGAGGCAGAAGAAGCGACUUGGCUGUAAGAGCAUGGCCUUCUGGGGAACUGGGCGAAAUCGCUUUCAGAUGGAAGUUCCCGACAGCGUCUCGGAGAGGAACAUCCCUGAGGAGUACGACGUGAAGUCUACAAAGAAAGGCUGCAAGCGUUACGUCACAAAGGAGUCCGAGCGUCUGUUCUCCGAGCUGCAGAGGUUUGAGGAGAAGAGGGACGCUGCUCUGAAGGACUGCAUGAGGAGGCUCUUCUACAACUUUGACAAGAACUACAGAGACUGGAAGACGGGCGUGGAGUGCAUGGCCGUGCUUGAUGUGCUGGUGGCUCUGUCACGCUACAGUCAAGGGGGAGACGGAGCGAUGGCCAGGCCGCAGGUGGUGCUGCCGGAGGACGACAGCCAGGUGGUGCCCUUCAUCAACCUCACUGGCUCCCGGCACCCGUGUGUCACAAAGACUUUUUUCGGUGACGACUUCAUUCCCAACGACGUCUUCAUCGGCUGCCCUGGAGGCAGUGGAAGUGAGGAGGUGGAAGGUUGCGCCUCGUGCGUUCUGGUCACGGGACCGAACAUGGGCGGUAAAUCAACCCUCAUGCGACAAUGUGGACUUGUGAUCAUACUGGCUCAGCUGGGAUGUUAUGUUCCUGCUGAGAGCCUCCGCUUCACGCCCGUCGACCGAGUCUUCACCCGGCUGGGAGCUUCAGAUCGAAUCAUGGCUGGAGAGAGCACCUUCUACGUGGAGCUGAGCGAGACCGCCUCCAUCCUGCACCACGCCACGAAACAUUCACUUGUGCUCCUCGAUGAGUUGGGGAGGGGCACCGCCACGUACGACGGCACAGCCAUCGCCAGUGCUGUUGUGAAGGAGCUUGCUGAGAAAAUCUGCUGUCGCACACUUUUCUCUACACAUUAUCACUCCCUGGUGGAGGACUACACCAACAAUCCUGCUGUGCGUUUAGGACACAUGGCCUGCAUGGUGGAGAACGAGUGCGAGGAUCCGAGUCAGGAGACGAUCACGUUCCUCUACAAGUUCAUCACCGGUGCUUGUCCAAAGAGCUACGGUUUCAACGCCGCGCGUCUCGCCAACCUGCCAGAGGAGGUGAUCCAGUCCGGACACAGGAAGGCCAAAGAGUUUGAGAGGAGCACCAUCAGCCUCAGACUAUUCAAGAAACUCUGUCAGUUUGCUGAGGACUCUACUUUGGACAGUACACGCUUUACCUCACUGGUACAACUGCUCAACACGCUGUAACUGCUGCUGAAUUUAUUAGGCACC